UUAUUAAGUUUGGAAUAUGGUGAAUGGCCGGUAGGCCGGUGUUAAAUUCUCUGCUAAAUUUCCAACCACUCCCGAUCAGAGACAUUAAAUUAAUAAUUCACAGAAUCGACGCGUUGGUUAAGCUUUACACAUUUCACAAUAACGGAACAACAUCCCGUGUAAAAACCGAAAUGGCGGUGAAUGUCUAUUCGACGAACGUUACUUCAGAUAACUUAUCCCGACAUGAUAUGCUAGCCUGGGUCAAUGAAUGCUUGCAAAGUAAUUUUGCCAAAAUUGAAGAACUAUGUACAGGCGCUGCGUAUUGUCAAUUCAUGGACAUGUUAUUCCCUGGUUCGGUUCAGCUUAAGAGGGUGAAAUUCCGUACAAACUUAGAACAUGAGUACAUACAGAAUUUUAAAAUUUUACAAGCUGGAUUUAAGAAGAUGGGUGUAGAUAAGAUAGUCCCCAUUGACAAAUUGGUGAAAGGACGGUUCCAAGACAACUUUGAAUUUUUGCAAUGGUUCAAAAAAUUCUUCGAUGCUAACUAUAGGGGUAACGAAUACGACGCUCUGUCGUGUCGGAACGGCGAAGUUAUGGGAGGGGGCGGCAUUAACGCUCCAAGAAGUACCAACUCAUUGGUGGCGAGAAGAGCAGUUCCGACUUCGCCAGCCAAAACGGCACCGGCGAAACCAAUCGGCCGAGCGAGUAUGUCAUUUAUUUAUGUUUUAGUGCCCAAAGUCAACACCGUUCGACCCAUCACUAAAAAUCCUCAAAACAAAGGAGGAGAUGCAGGUAGACUAGACGAAUUGACCAAUCAGAUCGCAGAGUUUAAGAUCACAAUCGACGGCUUGGAAAAGGAGCGAGACUUUUACUUUGGAAAAUUACGAGACAUCGAAGUGAUGUGUCAAGAAGCGGAAGAGGCGCAGAAUCCGUUAAUUCAAAAAAUCUUAGACGUUCUGUAUGCUACAGAGGAGGGUUUUGCACCACCAGAUGAAGUGGAAGCUGGAGGAGACGAGGAUGAAUAUUAGCAUAAAUCAUGCCUUUUAUAUGUUUAAAAAAAAUUUUGCAAUGUUUUAAAUAAUGCGGAUUUAAUAAUGCAACUUUAUGUAAGUUUUUCUGUUUAAUUUAAGAUAAUACUUCUUUUUAUAUGAGUGUUGCUGCUUACGUGUGUGCGUUGGUCUCAUACUAGUAAGUUGUUGAUAAUUGUCUCUAUUUAUGUUCGCCAUUUAACGCCGUUAUAAUAUUUAAGUUAAAUGGAUAACAUGUUUGCAAAAUUAUUGUCACAUAAAUCUCGGUUUAUUUAA